UAUAAAUUAUCAUUUUAAUAGUUUUAUGGCCGAUUUCACCAACAUUUCCUAAAUUAAAACCUAACUAAGAAUUACUUAGCGGUAGGAAUUUCCUAAAUACAAUCUUUGGUUUCACCAGGCUAGGUAAUUCUUAGUUAUGAAGUUCCUAGUUAAGACACAGUGUUUAGAAAGUUUUUGUUGUCAGGUUGCAAUACUUCAUAAAAAUCGAUUCGAUAUUUCAUAAGUGACAAGUGACAAUUAUUGUCAUUCAUGACAGCUGUCUGCUUGGAUGCUUGAAUGCUAUUAGGUGGUUUGGUUAAAAUGGAUAUAAUUGUGCAAAAAAGAAAGCGCUCAGCUACUUUCAAUAGCGAUGAUAAAAUAAUGCUAUUGACUUUAAUUGGAAACAAUAGCAUUAUUUUAAACAAAAAAACCGAUGGUUCUACAAACCAGAUGAAGGAGGAGGCCUGGCUGAAAAUUGGGCAAUAAUUUAAUUCACGUGCAGGGGAGAGAAGGGAGGUAGAAAGCUUGAAGAAAAUAUGGGCAAAACUGAAGAGCGAUGCGAAAACUUACCGGGCCAAAGAACGCAUUAGCGUUUCGCAAACUGGAGGUGGGCCUUCUGAAGUAAAAGCAGACCCCAUACUGGAAAAAGUAUUAGAUAUUUUGGGUCGUGCUGGUAGGGGUUUGGAAAAUAUCAAUGAUUGCGAUAUUGAAGAAGGCAAAGAAAAUAUGGUACCAGAAAAUGCUUCAUUGGAUUUACAAGAUAACAUUGUUGUUGAGGAAGAAGAGGAACAGGAGCAUCAGAUUCAGCCUCAAAUAAUAGAUAAGACGCCUGUUCACCAAAGAAGACGACCACUAAUUUCAAUUGAAAGAGGGAGCUCCUUGAAUGAAGCACGGUGCUUAACAGAAAGGAAAAAAUAAGAACUAAUAGAUGCAGAAAUGAGAAGGGAAAUGGAACUUCACGAGCUCAAAAAAAGAAAACUAUUUUAUCUAUGCAAAUGUUGUGUAAUACAGAGCAUGCCAAUAUUACAUUUAUAGAAUUUUCUAAUUUUAAUCUUAAUCCGGUAGCCAAUACAGGAAAUCUUCGUUUUAGCACUCCAUAUUGUCGUUCCACUGUAUUUCUUGUUGCAAUAUGUGCCCUAUUAUAAUUUUGCUGGCCGAUAGUUUGUGGGCUUAAAAAGGGUGUCAUCAGAUAAUUCUAAAAAUAUUUAAAUAUGUAUAAAUAACGUUAUCCAAAGCAAAUGUAUACAAAGCAUGAAAUAUAUAUGUUAUUCUUGUUUCAGAUGGAGAACCUCUAAACGAUUUGAUCACACUUAUGCAAAUGGGAAAUUGAAGUAAAAUGAAUAGAUAUAAAAUGGAAUUGUU